CAAACAAGUGAAACAAGUGGGACUUGUUUCUAUUUCUAAUUUCUAACACCUCUCCACCUACAUUGGAUGCACAUCUGCUUCUUCCCUCUGCAACUCUCUCUCUCUCUCCAUGUCCAUGGCAAUUUCAACCUACCCUUUUUCUUCCUCUUCAUCAUCUCUAAUCUCACCUUCUCUCCUUCUAACUCUUCAAUGCUCUCACACAUCCAUCCCCACCCCAACUCCCAUUUUCUCUACUCUUCCACUCUCAACACCACCUACUUCACUCACAAUCAUGCUGUAAAAUUUUCAUUCUUUCUGUUGUAAACUUUCUUUCUCUCAAUUCGGAUACCCUUUUGGUCAUUUUGUUUGAUUUUCACCUCUGCAGCACCCAAAACCCCAUUAUUUCUCUAGUUGUUGGGUUUUUCAGUGUCUGGAUCAAGUUUACAGAAGGGUUUUUGUCUGAUCUGAUUGUAGACAUAAAGAUAGAGUUUUUGGAGCUUUGUCAAUUUAAGAGGAUUUUCUAUUUCAGCUGAGGAUCCUAUCUCUUCUGAGGUUUGUGAGAUUGGGAAUAAAAAAGGGUCAAUUUAGGUGAUGUUUUUCUUUGAUUGCCAAAGCCCUUUUUAAUUUUUUAGAAUUGUAUUUUAAUAUUUUGUUAGAUAUCAUUUGGAAGGGCAUAUAUGUAUAAUUAGGGUUUCUGAUUUUUUACUUAGAUGUUAUAGUACUGUGGUUCUGAGGGUUCUGGUUAGUUUUAUGUGAAGCAAACAUCUUUGAGGUUUCUCAGAGGGUUAUUUGUUUUUCAUGAUGAUGUUAUGCUAUAAGGCUGUUACUUUGUAACUGUGGAUUUCUCUGGUUAUGAAUUAAGGGUUUUUUGUUGGACCCUAUACCACUUUUUUGAAAUCAAGGGAAUAUCUGGUGUUGCUGUUCUCUUCAAGAUGACCGUAGACGACGAUGAUAGGUGGUUUGUGGAAUGGAAAGAACAAUUUGUUUCGCAAGAGCGCGGCCAUCGUGUGGUUCAUUAUUACCUAAAGGAUUCUGCUGGGGAAUCCAUCCUUGCAGUUGUGGGGACUGAGAGGAGUAUUAGACACAUGUGCUAUGUUGUUGCUGAGGAGUUCCUUGAAGUUUUUGGAAUGGAGUGUUCUAUUCCACCUGGUUUCAAAUGGAGAUCUAGAAGAGAGGUGGUGGAUUGGCUUACGUCGAUGCUAUCGAAGCAGCAUGUGCGGGGAGAUAGAAGUGUAUGGCCUGCUCAUAAUUUGGCAAUAGUUCAUGAGAUCACAAACGGUAGUAUCAAUGAAGUUGCACAAAUGGUGGAUGACAAGGACAUUCCAAAGAGUAACUCCAAAUUAUCCAAUUCAGACAUUGUUUGGUCAGGACUUGCGUGGACAUGUAGCAAACAACUCAAGCAUUAUCCCGCAUUUUGCCGGAAUGGCAUCCAAAUAGGGAUUCAAUCCUUUGUAUUUGUCAUGGGCAAUGGAGAGAGUCAUUAUGUCGCUUAUUUAGAAGAUAUGUAUGAAGACAGGAGAGGGCAGAAAAAGGUUAAAGUAAGGUGGUUUCACCACAAUCAAGAAGUCAAGGGUGUAAUUCCCGUACGAAAUCCUCACCCUCGGGAAGUUUUCAUCACACCUUAUUCUCAAGUCAUCAGCACAGAGUGUGUUGAUGGUCCUGCCACAGUCUUAACUCGCGAGCACUAUGAAAAAUGCACGCCUUAUUUUUCACCCGCUUCAACAGACAGAAUACAUUUGUGCUUUAGGCAAUUAAAAGGUAACAAAGUCAAGCCCUUUGACUUAAGUAAACUGCGUGGCUACUAUGCACAGCCGGUUCUCUCUUCCUUGCACGAUGAUACUGUCCACAUCACCGAGUCUCUGAGCAACAGUCUCACAGGAGAAGACGAUGAUAUUAAUGCAGGUGAUGAUCCAAAGAGGGGAACCAAGAGGAGUAGAAGUGUUAAGGGGUCUCCUCAAUUUUGUAACGGUCGACAAGGAGUUAGGAAGUUGAUUAGAAAUAAGCAGAUGAUGGGAUAUCAAACCUUCCAAGUUGUUAAUUAUGCAAGGCCGAAUAGGAGAUUGCUUUCUGUGAAGCCGGUUGAAUGUCAACAUUGGUAUAACUCAACGUACAAAGUUGAUGACAAGAUAGAAUUACUCUCUCAAGAUAGUGGCAUCCGAGGCUGCUGGUUCCGGUGUACAAUUGUGCAGGUAGCUCGGAAACAACUGAAAGUCCAAUAUGAUGAUGUUCAGGAUGAAGAUGGAAGUGGAAAUCUUGAGGAGUGGAUCCCUGCUAUUAAGUUAGCAAAGCCUGAUAAACUUGGGAUGAGACAACCUGGUCGGUCGACCAUCAGGCCAGCUCCACCUCAUGAAGAACAAGAAGUGAUUGCCGAGGUUGGAACUGCCGUUGAUGCAUGGUGGAGUGAUGGCUGGUGGGAGGGUGUUGUAACUUCAAUUAACAACUGUGGGGAUGACUGCGUUCAAGUCUACUUUCCUGGUGAAAGCUUGCUAAUGACAGUACAUAAGAAGGAUUUAAGAAUAUCUAGAGAUUGGUUAGGCGAAAAGUGGAUUAAUAUAAAGGCUAAGCCUGAUAUAAUCCCAACUAUAAAUACAACUAAUAGCUUUAACACGAAACAGACCAUGUCGCUAUCUAAGGCUGAAGAUGUAGACGGUGUCAAUUUUGCUAAUUCAUGCCAUGAAGUUCCAGCUGAUGAGAAGUCUAAUGAACCUGAUAUUGCUGAAUACAAUAUACCCCCUUCAGAAGAAAGUACCCAAGUUGAUGAUUUUGAAGAUAAUGAUGGUAAUAAUAUUGUUAAGGACAACAAUGAGAAUGGUGAUAACAAGAAUGACAGCAGUAGGGAUGUGGAGGUGAUUGGGACUUCUGGACUUGACUGUAAAGUUGUAGAACUAAUGGAAGUGGUUGUGUAAUCAAUUUUUUAGAAAUUAUGCAUAUGAUGGUGCGCUGAUUGGAGAGCUGUGCCAUCAUCUCAUCUCAUGCUUUGUUGUAAUAUGUUUUUCCAUGUUAGUAUGAUAGAAUGUAAAACCCAUCGGAGUUGAGUUUAGCAGAAGAGGCUAAUCUCCCAUAACGUGACGAACUAAAGAUCGAAUCGUAAUUGAGAGAGGUGUUGACAUUUAUUGUCAUACAGUGACUCAAACACAAUUAUCCCAGGUGGAGGAAUCUGUGGGGAACACAAAAAAAAAAAAAAAAAAAAAAAAAAAGAAAGAAUGUUAUGUAAAUAGUAGUUGCAAAGGGGUAUAGGGAAUCUGAUUGAAUUUUAACUUGUGUAGUUGUCUUAAUAGAUGUACAGUUGAGUGUAAUGUUGAAGUGUAUUUUUGUCAUUUCAGUUGGUUGUAGUAGAAAGUAGAUUUCUUUUGUAUCAAACAGAUAUUGUUGAGUAAUUUCACGUUUUAUAUGACUAGUUUCAAUUACCAUACCACA